AUGAACCCAACAAACUAUGUGAGUAAAUGUGAGGAGUAUUUGCAAAACAUCCCGUCUCGAAAGGUACCCGUUUCUUCGGCGGCGGCGGCGGCGGCGGUAGCGGAGGCGAGACGUCGUCCGUUAACUGCAGCCGGUCCGUCAUCCCGUAGGAUGACCCAAUCAACUUCGAUCGAACAGGAAAAACAGUCAAUCAAUAAUAAUAAUCCCGGAGGGGUUGUCGAUUCGUCGUCUUCCGUAGCAGGCCGGGGAAGACAAAGCCGGUUGAACGCUUCCACUAAUCCCGGGCUGGCGAGAAGAUCAGCAGUGGGUGCCACCGCCGGUAGAGCGGCAGAGAAGCAGCCGAGUUCCAAAUUUAUUCGAUCAUGUUGUCGCCAGCCACGACCGAGUGAAACCAUCUCCGGGGCUACUGGCAGUGGGAGAACUCCGCGGGAUAUUCACGGAAAGGAAAAAAUCGCCGAUAACGUCAAUCAGAUUGAAAGCAUCAAACCAGUAGCGGAAAGCGAUCCGGAUUAUGGUACAUCGAGCGUAGGCACGGAAAUGGUGCCGAGGCGCCCGGCUGAACGACUGAACGGGGUCACCGAGACCUGGGAUGGAAUACUGGCGGCGGGGUCGGUGUCGGUAACGGAUAAGCCCAACCAAAUUUCAAUACCCGCAGCAAGCGAUCAACCGGGUCCGACGCCAUUUCCAUCCAGCGGCACCACGGUAUUCUCAUCGUCGCGACCCACCAGCUCUAUAGCAACCGUUCCACCCCAACCGCGCCCAGCAGUGGCCACCGUGAUGGUUUCCCCACCGGUCCAGCAGAAUCAGUGCCCGUACCGAGCGGAGCAUAGCAAGGCAUCAAACCUGGAAGGGAUUAAUUUAUUCCGUUUCGAUCCACUGCGGACGCUUCAAUUUCUGUCGCUCGAGCUCAAGUCGAAGCUGAAGGAACUUUGUCCAGAACAGAAGAAGCUGUACAAAAUCUCCAAGGAGCUGCUGUACGCGGUUAAAAUACUGACGGAAAACUUGGGCGACGGACAAAAGAUGAGGAUGAAAUGCGGAAACUGCGAGAAGACCAACCCGGCUGUCCAGGAGGAGGCUAAGUUGGCGCCAGCUGAGGAACUCCAAAAAGCGCUAACUGAUCAGCAGCAUCUACAGAAGCAGCAUCAGAAGCAGAAAGAGCAUCUGGAAGGGGAAAUAAAGCGAUUGCAGGCAUUGAUAAAUGACAAACAAACGCUGGAAGGCGGUCUUAUCGCCGAUCUUAAUCGGAAGCUGUUGGAAAGUACCAGCCGCUGCCGUCGUCUCGAGCACGUCCGAAACGAAACUGAGAAACGGCUUCUGUACGCAACCCUCGAGAACGACCGGUUGAACUUUCUCCUAAACUCCCAAUCAUCAACCAUGACCAACCUGCGAAGCGAUUUCAGUGCCAUUCAAACCCUAGCCCACCAGCAAAUCGAUUUGCUGGAUCGAACCGAAAGUCCUCCUUCCGCUAAUGGCAUCGAGGAGACGAGCCGGAGGACCACUUGGCCAAAGGCGGCAGUAAACGCCAGCACCAAUAAUCACCAUCGCAAUUAUCGUCACCCUUCCGGCAGUAGUCCGCGCCCUCGGCCGAGCUGUUCCACCGUCACACAGGAAAAACUAGCAUAUGGAACCGCAAAUGCCAGGAAGCUACGGCACCAUUAUAGCUUUAAAAAUAUGGCAGAAAAAGAAAGUGACGACGGUAAUGAUGCUAACGACUCUAAACUACUGCACUCACCGGCAAACGGCGAAGGGCGUCCGCCGGCUUGCGAUAGAACCAUUCCCAGCGGUGGUGGUGGUGGUGCUGUUGAUGAUGGGAAACUCGACUCAAACGACUACCGCAGCCAGGAGCAUCAGGAAAGCGGCAGCGGUGAUAAUGCUGAUGCAUUCCAUCGGCAGUGGAGAAUGCUUCCAUAUCACCGGCGGAAUGGCGGUUUUUGUCCCAUUAGUACCGUCGAUGGAAGUGCGGCAAUUGGAACGAAUUUGGAAGUGACGUCUUCGUCGACUUCCUUAUCGACAGUGUCAUCCGGCAGAUUAAGAAGCUCAAAACAGCGCGUACCUUUGAGUGAUACCGACACGGGCACACUCCCCCCGGAGCACACCAUCCUCCCAGGUAAUCCGAAAUUUUCUCAAGUCAAACCACCAUUGGAAAGAGCCUCUCCUGCGCACGGCGUGGACGGUACCGGUGACACUUCUGGCAGUAGCAACUCUUCCAUCAAGGCUAAUGACUGCGUCAGACGGGUUCGGGAAACAGUUCCGCACCGAAACCAACGACAGCCGAAUCUAGAACUGCCAACUGAGAAUCCCAUUCCGUCUACAUCCGACAACGACAUGGGCACCGAAAGGGAUGCUGCUGCUUCGCACGGUAGCACAGCCAAGGGAAAAUACCCUAGGGAUUAUGGUGAUAAAUUUGAGCUGCGUGAAAGUUGUUCGCCGACGGAAGAAAAGAAGCUUUGCCAAAAUCGCCCGAUAAUAGGUCAGAUUAGAGACGGGGACCAGAAAGGACGCCGAACGCUGCAGCGGAGUGACGAUAGGGGAAACGAGUUGGGGCCGGGCGCUGGGGUGAAGGAGCCGGGUAUCGAAAGGACGUCUAUCUGGGCCGCUAACGAGCCCGCUUCCGCCCGAAAGGAGGAGUUUUCUAUUGACUUUGAUGACAUUACGCUGCCAUCCUCGCCGGCUCCCUUCAGCGGGGGACAUCUUUCGUCGAUUGGAUGCGGAUUGAACCUGGACGGCGAGUGAGCCAUUUUCUAUUUUGUACCCCUUAUUGCAAUGUUAUAAUUAGUGAUCCCAGGUAGUGGGCUUGUUAGUAAUAUAUUGUACUAUAUAUUUUAUUAAUGUCAGUAAUAUAUUACACAUUGUCAAAGAAACUAUCAAAUUAAACGGAAAAAAGUGGGAAAGUAGGAAAAUGGCAAUGCGUUUAGUUCAGUAACAGUUUUUUGUGUCUGACAACUAGGAGAAAGUAACUUGGUAGCUAUGCAAUCAUAGUUGAAAAACAUCGCCACCAUCAUUACUUAUUGCAUGACGUGAUCUCCAGAUUGAGCAGGUUUAGAUUCUUAAAGAUGAUAUAUUUUUUUUGGGUUGCACAGUAAUCGUGAGGUUAGUUGAUCAAUUGAGUUUUCAUUUUUACACCGGUGUAUUAUAAAAAGAGAGAAACUGAUUACACCCAAAUUUGAA